AAAAGAAAUAAUGAUCUAGCUUCAGAAUCAGAACCAGAUAUGUUAGCAUCAGAAAAGGUGACUUUGUCUGCAGUUGAUAAAGAUGAAACUUUGAAAUUACUUCAAAAGUUGCCAUCAGAUUGGACUGUAGUACAGAUAACAAGCAAUAGCAUGGGUGAAGCAAAUCUUCCACGGGUUGGUUGUAAUCCCUCAACUCCAGGGUUGUACAUUGCUCGAUGUUCUUGUGGGCCUAGUCCCAGAAUCACUUUUCAGACUGUCUCAACACCACAAAAAGAUGGAGUACGUGGCAUUGUUCAAGAGGUUGAAAUUAUUAAAGAGGAAAACAAAAUCAUCAAUAAAGAUUAUCGUGGUCAGCAUGAGAAAUAUUGGAAAAAGCGGGAAGAGCUUGACAACAGAAUGAAGUGUGUUGUCCGCAGUAUGGCUGUUGCGUGGUUGCAGUAUUGGAGUUGCUUGCUGAUUGGUGGCCUCCAUCCCAGAGAGCAAAAGCUUUUAGAAGAGGUUUCAUCUCGUAUCCUGUCAACUUGCAAAAUGUCCAUGUCCCUGAACCAAAUUCAGCUUUUUCAGAGUUUAAUUAGUUGUCCAGAUCCUGACAAAAAAGCUGGCAACUUGGAACCUGGCAUAAUAUUCAGUGUAAGAGCUGGAAUUGCUGCUUUGUUGGGAGAAAGUGUGCGCAGUGAGUGUGUGAAAAAUCUAUAUGAAGCUGUCCAGAGUGAAUCUGCAAAUUUAGAGAAGAUACGCAAAGCAGAAAGAAAUCCUGUCAUACUUGUAAUUGGAAAAAAUAUUGCAGCCUUACCUUGGGAGAUGGUUUGGGUGUUAAGAGAUCAGGCAGUUACCAGAAUGCCAAGCUUACGCAUGCUUGCUCUUUUGUAUGAGCAUCAUGCUUCCUGUACGUCGAGCAUUCUUGUCCAAGGAGUAAAUCCAAGUAAAGGUUUUUAUGUUUUGGAUCCUGAAAGCAACCUUCCUAGAACUCAGGCACGUCUGAAAAACACCUUUUCUGAGUCUGGAUGGCCUGGCAUUACUGCUAAGGCACCUACUUGUGAACAGUUCAAGGAUGCCCUUACUAAUCAAGACCUUUUUGUCUAUGUAGGUCAUGGAUCAGGAAGCCAGUAUAUGCCAGGAGAAAUAGUUGAAGGAGUUGAGUGUAGAGCCGUUGUAUUUCUCUAUGGGUGCUCCUCUGUGCGACUAGCUUCCCGUGGUAGAAUACCUGAGCCAUGGGGAGUUGUGCUGAGUUAUCUCGUUGCUUACUGCCCUUGUGUUAUCGGUAUGCUUUGGGAGGUGACUGACAAGGAUACUGAUAACCUGACACAAGAAAUGCUAAAUGCUGUGCAGGGAAAGAGUGGGAAAGCAGGCUCCCCACUGGAGAAUCCACCAGCUGACCUAGCACUCCUUGUGGCUCAAGCACGUUCAGUUUGCAACUGGUAUCUUACAAAAGCAGCAGUCUGUGUGUAUGGCUUGCCAGUGCAUAUUUUGAAUAAUAAUUUAUGACAUUUGCAUAGUUUUUUUGGUAAAAUAGUUAAUACUGUACAUUAUCAAGAUUUAUCUUUAAAUUCAAAUGAUUAUGGAUCUAGUUUUAUAUUUUAAAAGACUAAAUUGUUUAAUUUUAAAUUUACAGUACACUGCAUUGUAAAUACUGUACAGUAUUUUGAAGCAGAGCUAUUUAUGAUAAACAAUAUUUAUAGGCAUUUAUUGUAAAUAUAUUUUUGUUUUAA